AUGGCUACUAAGGAAACAUCCUCUACUUUUGAAUUCCCUUUUACUUUGAUACUGGCAGGUGAGAGGAUCACAGUCACCUUCAACAUCAACAACAGCAUCCCACCUACCUUCAACAAUGAGCCAAUGGAGGGACAGAGGGCCCAAGAGCAGCAGGAGCCUGAUCUUAUGUUGACACUGAAUUUUGUGGUGGAAAUUGUAAAGAACAACACCAAGAAGGCCCUCGAGCUGGACUGCCACUACCCAGAAGAUGAAAUUGGACAAGAGAGUGACAUUUUCUCCAUCAGGGAAGUUAGCUUUCAGCUCACCAGUGACUCUGAAUGGAAGGAUACAAAUUAUACCCUCAACACAGAUUUCCUGGACUGGGCCCUGAAUGACCACUUGAUAGACUUCUUGGCUGACCAUGGGAUGAAUAAUGAUUUUGCAGAUGAGCUCAUUGAACUCAGCAUGGCCUUGGAGCACCAGGAAUACACCAACUUUAUGGAGGAUCUGAAGGGUUUCAUCAAGUUUCAGUAG